AUGGCUAUCCUGUCUAUCUUUGGGAAUGCGGCAGUCCUGGUCAGCGCAGGUCGUCGUCACGCCCAGCUCAAAGCUCCCGAGCUGCUGACAGUGAACUUGGCCAUAACAGACAUCGGCAUGGCCCUCUGCAUGUAUCCUCUGUCCAUUUCUUCAGCUUUUAACCAUGCCUGGAUUGGAGGCGACACAUCUUGCCUCUACUACGGCCUGAUGGGCAUGAUCUUCAGCAUAACCAGCAUCUUGACUCUGGCUGUGAUGGGGAUGAUCAGAUACCUGGUAACAGGAAGUCCACCCAAGAGAGGUGUCAAGUUCCAGAGGAGAAGCAUCAGUAUUGUGAUCAGUGCGAUCUGGCUGUAUGCCACUCUGUGGGCCUUGUUACCUCUGAUGGGUUGGGGCAGCUAUGGGCCGGAACCGUAUGGACUCGCCUGCUCGAUAGACUGGACCGGCUAUGGGGAGUCCCUGAACCACUCCACCUUCAUCAUGGCUCUGUCUGUACUCUGCACAUUCCUGCCCUGUCUGGUCAUCCUCUUCAGCUAUUUUGCUAUUGCCUGGAAGCUGCACAGGGCCUACCAAUCUAUGCAGAGCAAUGAUGUUCAAAAUGGCAGUGUUGAGAAGAAAAUCACUCUUAUGGCUGUGAUGAUCAGUUCAGGUUUCCUAAUUGCCUGGACCCCCUAUGUGGCUGUGAGCUUCUGGAGCAUGUUUCACUCUCAAGAGCAGGACCACAUGGCUCCAAUCAUCACCAUGUUACCAUGCCUCUUCGCUAAGAGCUCCACCGCAUACAACCCUUUCAUAUAUUUCAUCUUCCAGGGUAACUCCCGGCACCAGCUCUUCCACCUCCACAAACUCAUGUGUUGUUGUUCUCAUCAGGCCAAUUCAUCUGCCGAAGGAGAGAAGCUCAAAGGCAAAAUGGUCAAAGGUUUGGACUGCACCAGUUUUGAAAGAGAAACUGAUGAAAUCUGUGUGGCUCAAAUGGUAACUCCUGACAAACAGUCUGGGAGUCAGAUGAUGCCUCUGGGCUAA